AUGGUUGGAACUCUCCGGUGCCUGGGCUUUCCGGUGCUUGGUCACCCACAGCCUUCGCACGUCCCCCAGCGCCGGCUCCGGUCGCAUUUGCAGGCUCUACUGAAAGGUGUGCGAGAAAACCCGCUAGCGAUCACCUACAUGAAUCUGGAUGCCGAUCGCAACAUCAGCCCAGAGGCUGGCUGGACCUGGGAGACCUUCCAACUGGAACGCGGAAACGGUCAGAGUGUGUUUUCGUUGGCCGGCGAAGGCGGGGGCGCCAUUCGUGGAGCAGGUCUUGGAGAUGCAAGAGAUUUCCGUUCGGCCUCCGUGGUCGUACCGAACCUGACGAGAAGGCCGCAUCACCUGGAAUCCAUGGAUGAGUGCAGAGACCCCUGA